GGUCACACUGGUUUCGUUGUUAUUUGUUGUUGCCGCCGAUUUCCGCAUUUUCAAAGGAUUCGGAUUCCGGAAAGCAAAAGAUGCAACGAUCUCGUGCCAGCAGCACCAGCAGUGGCCGCCAGCCGGCGCCUCCGCCAAUUGGACUGCCCCAGCCGCAGGCGCAGCCACUGGAGGCGCCAAAGAUCAUCGUCAUUCAUCCGGGAUCGCAGCAUUUGAGGAUCGGACGGGCGGCCGACCUGAAUCCACUGACCCUGCUGCAUGCGGUGGCCUACAGGAGGCGUCAGCUGGCCGGCGAUAGGCCGCAUCAUGAUCCGCUCCUGCCGCCGCUGGACAACGUCAACUCCGCCCUGAUGGUCGAGUUCGAGGAGCAGCGCCUGGCGGUGUCGCGCAUUCUGCAGCACUGCGUCGUCGAUGACAAGAACCGUCUGCGGGUGGCCACUCCGCCGCAGCAGCUGGCCCACUUCAAUCGGAGCAGUCAGGCGGAGAAGGUGCCGCCACCAAGUGGCCCAAUAGCGGACGAGCCUUGGCUGGAUCGCGAGGCACCCGCUCUGUUCGACGACCGGAUCCUGCGACUCAGCGCCGUGGAUGCCCGCGACUAUGACAUCCAUUUCCCCAUGCAAAGGGGCGAGCUGAAUGUGCACAAGGAGAAGGGCGGUUCGCUACAGGCCAGCCUGCAGCACUUGGAGCGAAUCUGGUCGUACGCCCUGGAGGAGCGUCUAAAGAUCCCGCUGCGUGAACUGAGCACACACUGCGCCGUCUUGGUGGUCAACGAUGUCUAUGUGCGGCGGUACUUGCGCGAGUUCAUGACCCUGCUGCUGCAGCGUUUGGGUUUUCGGCGCUGCUUCCUCGUGCAGGACAGCGUGGCCUCCACCUAUGGCGCCGGCAUCGGCUACGGCUGUGUGGUGGACAUUGGCGCUCAGAAGACCUCCAUUGCCUGCAUCGAGGAUGGCAUUUCGCAGCUGGAUGCCAGGGUGCGACUGCCCUAUGGCGGCGGCGAUCUGAAUCAGGUGCUACUCCUGCUGCUGCGCAAGUGCGGCUUUCCCUAUCGCGAGUGCAAUGUGCAGGAGAGCUAUGUGGAUGCCCAUCUGCUGGACGAGCUAAAGGAGAAGUUCUGCCAUCUGAAUGCCAGCGUUUGUGGCGCCCAGGAGAAGCACUUCAACCUGCGCAAACAGAACGGCCAGUGGCUGCGCUACACCAUACAGGUGGGCGAUGAGGCCCUUAUGGCACCACUGGCCCUCUUCCACACGGAGCUGCUGAGUAUCACUGGACGGACCAAAGCUGUUUGUACGCAGCAGGCGGCGCAGGACCAAUACGACUGCGAGGACUGCUUCGAUGCGGAGUAUCUGAAGGAGACGGGUCGAAAGAAUGGGGUGAGAGGUGGAGACAGUUUGCCCCUGACCACCAGCGGAUCCCAGCCGCGACCCCAGCUGCCCGUGACCGCCGACGAUGAGGAGCUCAUUGUGGUGGAUCAGGACGAGACCAACAGUAACUGUCAGUCACAGCCGGGAUCACAGACAGCUGGUGGGCAGCUGAACUCGAACGGCUGCUACCACAACGGCCAGGGUCAGGUUUUGCCUUUGGACCAGGCCGUCAUCCAAGCCAUUAGCCGGCUGUCCAACUACGAGACCAAGCGCAAGAUGUUUGGCUCCAUUCUGCUCGUGGGCAGCAGUGCCAAGUUGCCGGGCCUGGCUGCCUGGCUGGAGCACCGGAUUAGCCAGCAGGUGCAGUCCACCGGCACCGAGGUGAACGUCCUCACCAAGGGCAUGGACGCCGGCAUGGUGGCGUGGAAGGGAGCCGCCAUUAUGUCCGUGCUGGAGAGUGCGCGCGAGCUGUGGAUAUCGCAGCACGACUGGCAGCGCCAUGGACUGCGGGUGCUCCGCGAAAGGUCUCCCUUCCUCUGGUGAGAUGGUGUAGCCCCACUGCAUUUCGAAUAUGUUUGAGGAUUGUUCUGAUCUGUAGGGUUUGUAAUUGUUAACAGAGUACAAGUAGUAUCGUAUCCAUAGGCUAAAGUGCCGACCAAAGCGUUACCCUGAAGGAAACACUUUGGAUGGAUUCAUACAAAAUGGUAAAAUUAUUUAUUUUAAGGCACGUAAAAAGUACGCAGAAUGCAAACAGGAAUCUGAGCCUGUUUUUGCUUUUGCUUCUUUGUAUUUAGAAUUAUAUGACUAUGUUUCAGUGGCAGAUUAGGUAAACAAAUUUAGAGUACAGCGAUAAGCACAGUAUAUACGCAAAUUUAACGAUUGCCAAAAAACAAAAGAAAAUAAAAAGAGGGCAACAAAAACAUCAACAAAGAAUAAAGCUAUUCUUAUUGCUUUGGCCGUGAAA